AUGAAUUCGUUCAAGAAGAUUUUCCAAAAGUCUAACGACGACCAGAAUGCGUCGCUUAAGCAUUCUAGACCGAUGCCAUACGGACUUUCUUCAGAAAAGAGGAAGUGCGAGCCUCUUCGUGACGAUUCUUCCAAACGUGCAUACCGUGGCAAGACUCUUCUUAAGAAGUCCGACAUCGUGUACGUUGAGCAAGCUCCAGGGAUGCUCGAGGUCUAUCACGGAAAACUGUUGCAACACACCUACUACCAUGGGCCAACUCACGCAAAUUCUGACCCACACGCGGACUUGCUGCCCAAGUUUCCCCAUUCCCCCGAACAAACUGAGGGCCUCCCUCGCAGCGGUUUCAGAGCGCUUUCUUUGAACUCAAAGAAUCUCAGGUGCCAAGUGUCUAUCCAUAAUUUGGAUGCAGGUAGUCGACAAGCCUACCUGCCCAUCUCUCACAGAAACCAGAGACAAGAAGAACGUAUUCGCACCAAGUCCAGCGCUGGUCGCUCGAACAUCCCUCCUCCCUCCAUUCCUGUUCCCCCUGUUCCCAACCCCCACUCCCUUCAUCCAGCACUCUCGCGCCUCCCACACAGCUCACGCGUAAACAUUCGUGAAGUUCCAUCUCAUGUCGCUGUCCCCCAGACCUCCUGGGCUUACUCUAAAUACUGA